UUUUAUGACGAAUCGUCUCCCAGUCAUUUGAAAAAACUGUAUCACAUAGUACUUUUUAGACAUGACAACAAACGUUCCCCUAGUACUAUAGUAGUGAAUCCACCACGUUGACGAUCAGUUGUGUUAUUUUUUGUUUGUAGUUUACAUCAGCCGGCGCGAUAAUAAAGACGUAUUGAAUUAAGACUUUCUAACAAUUUGUUAUUGAAUAAUAAUAAAUAUACAUAAUUCUUAUUGAUUUUAAGAUGAAACAAUCUCUGAUCAAAUAAAGUGCAAUGAUCUUGACAUUUAAUAGAUAUUAUUUUCAUUGGCAAUUGUGUAAACUCAUGUCUAAGUAAGAUAGCUUUCAUAGCACAUAAUAUUAACUUGCAGAGCUUGCAUAUUUUAGACUUUUUUUUGUCUUGCAAAGUCUUUUCAAUUUGAAAGACUUGGAGGGCGUUAACUUAAAUAAAAACACACUAAAAAAAACAUGGAUACGAAUAUUGCCUUGAUAAAUAGGAAACAAUUUAGCAAGGAUGCUAUUCCAUUCUCUGAAGCUUUGGAAAAAACUGGCUUUGGAGUAUUUAAUUAUAUCCUCAUCAUCCUCGGUGGAUUACUGCUGGCUUGUACUUUAUAUGAAACCGCUUCUAUAGGUUUCAUACUUCCAAUAGCAGAAUGUGAUUUAGAGCUGACAUACCAAGAUAGAGGCAUAUUGACAGCUGUAGGAUAUAUCGGUAUCAUAGUCAGCUCACAUCUUUGGGGAUUUUUAGCUGAUACAAAAGGAAGACGAUAUGUUAUUAUGCCAACAGUCUUGAUAAGUUCGACAGUGUCGAUAUUAUCAAGUUUUUCACAUACAUUUUGGAUGCUUGCUCUUCUUAGAUUUUUAAAUGGAUUUUUCGUUUCUGGUUCAUCAGCUACUGUCUACGCUUAUAUUGGAGAGUUUCACAUAGGACGGAGAAGAACUCGAGCAGUUCUUGCUUCUUCAUGUUUUUUGUCUGUCGGAGCUAUGUCAUUGCCAGUUAUUGCUUGGGCAAUUAUUAAUCAAAGUUGGUCUUUGCCAUUGCCUUUUCUUGGAAUAGUCUACAAACCAUGGAGACUUUUUAUAGUAGCUUGUACAAGUCCGGGAAUUAUUGCUGGAAUCAUUUUACUCUUCUAUCCUGAAAGUCCUAAGUUCCUAAUGUCCAUUGGAAAAAACGAAGAAGCCUUAGAGGUUUUAAGAAAAAUGUAUAGUUGGAAUGUAAGAGAUGGAAAUUUCAAGGUACUUAAAAUAAUUCCUGAGGAGGAUACGUCAAUUGGGAAUGGAAGUGAAGAUUCAUUGAAAAGUUCAAGCCUUUUAUCAAGCUUUUUACAAACAAUGUGGAGACAGACAAUACCACUUUUCCGAAAAGGUCUAUUACUCUCCACUGUUUUAGCUUGUACAAUUCAAUUUUGGAUUUACGUUACUAUCCAUGGAAUGUUUAUGUGGUUUCCAUUUACUGUUCAUAAUAUGGUUGAGUUUAGGAAUAAGAAUCCAGGAAAUUCAUCUAGAAUUUGUGAUGUUAUUUAUGCUAAGCAGCUUCAUCUCGAAAAUGAAUCCCAAAGAGUUGAUGGCGUUAAGCAUUGCACUGAAAAACUUGAAGAUGAAACUUUUCUUUUGACAAUUAUGAUGGAAUUUUCUUAUGGCAUGGGAUUUGUUGUUAUUGGUUUUCUGGUCCAAAAAGUUAAAAAAGUUCAUAUUUUAUUUUUUAUACUUUUUACUUUUGGAACUUGUGGAAUUUUGACAAAUUUCAUCUACAAUACAACUUUGGCCUUAGUUGUAUACAAUAUGCUAUUUCUGGCUGGAGUUGGAAUUCAAGUUUUGAGCGAAAUAGUGGUAGACUUAUACCCGACAUAUUUGAGAGCUAUGGCACUUUGUAUCUCUUUGAUGUUUGGUCGAUUGGGCGGUGUCUUUGGAACUAAUAUGAUUGCAUUGCUAUUGGCUACUAACUGCGAAAUGACUUUCAACAUUGCCGGAACGGGCUUAAUAGUUUCGGCAUUUUUAACUUUUUUAAUUCCAAAAGUGAAAAAUUUAGAGAACAAACCAGUUAUUGGGUCAUGAUAUUGAUUGGUGUGUAAAAAAAAUUUUAGGCAAUAUUAGUGUUAAAAAGACCCUUGUGCAUAAUUAUGCCAUAAAUACCUUUGUAAGAUAAUAAAGUGAUUUUUUUU